AUGUUCUCCUCCUCACUCAGGGUGGCUGUGGUGUGUGUGAGCAACAUCAACAGGAGCAUGGAGGCCCACAGCAUCCUCAGGAGAAAAGGGCUGAGUGUCCGGUCUUUCGGAACGGAAUCUAAUGUGAGGCUACCAGGACCAAGACCCGGUCGUCCUGUAGUUUAUGAUUUUGCAGCAACAUAUAAGGAGAUGUACAAUGACCUCGUCAGGAAAGACAGAGAAUGUUACACCCAUAAUGGGAUCUUACACAUCUUGGGAAGAAAUGAGAGAAUCAAGCCCGGUCCAGAAAGAUUUCAGGAGUGCACUGAUUUCUUUGAUGUCAUCUUCACCUGUGAGGAGAGUGUCUAUGACACAGUGGUGGAAGAUCUGUGUUCCAGAGAACAGCAGACCUUGCAGCCUGUGCACGUGAUCAACAUGGACAUCAAAGAUACCCUGGAAGAUGCCACCCUGGGAGCUUUCCUCAUCUGUGAGCUUUGCCAGUGCCUGCAGCAGUCAGACGACAUGGAAGACAGUCUGGAGGAGCUGCUGUUGCAAAUGGAGGAGAAGUCAGGAAGAAGCUUUCUUCACACCGUCUGCUUCUACUGA